AUGAAUACUAAAUAAAGAAGUUCUAUGGGUGGCGAAUCUAAAAAGCCUUAUGAUGAAUGCCCUAACAGAACAAUUUAAGUGGUUACUCCAUAAAGAGUGUGUCUUACUUUAAGAUCUAUGACUGCUUCUACUGAAAAAAAUUGCAUACAUUAGGAAAACUUAGGUAUGAUAAAAAUUGAAGCUUAAUGCUACGAUUAAUUAUGGUGAACAAUCUAUAAGAAAUUCAAUAUUUUUAAAAAUGAAGAUUGGGGAAAAUUUGAAUUUCCAAGUUGUUUAAAGAGGAAAACAGAUUUUAGAAACUUCAAAAAUCUAAAAAAUUGUAUUAUCAUUUAUAUAUCUUUUCAAAAUUUGAAUUAGAGUAUUAAUCUAAAUAAAAUUUUAGCUCUUUUAGAAUAAAUCAGAAGAAUGAAUUGAAACGGUAGCUAAUUAUUUGGUUAAACUAAGCUUCUUUAGAACUAUACCUUUAAGAAUGAUAAAAUAAAUCUCUAGUAGAUUAUAAGCUAAAAGUAUGAAGAAGAUGAAAUUAUAUGUCAAAGGAGAUAAAGGAGAUUUUAUGUAUAUAAUUUUUGAUGGAAAAAUAGAAGUUUUAGGAUUGAAAAACGUAUUAUUGGGACCAAAAACCUUAAUUGGCAGAAGUGCUUUAGUAUAUGAUUAUUUUAUAAAUAAUACUAUAUAGGCAGUAACUGUGAUACAUUUAUUAAUUUUGAAUCGAAUAUAUUAAAUUACUAUUCUUAUUAUCAUUAUAUUGUUAAACUAGAACUUCGGCUAGAAAAAUAAUUAUGGAAUUAGAAGAUUAGAAUAGAUGGCCUAUUGUAAUAAUUCUAAAUAAUCUUUAAUAGAUCAAGAAAAAUGGUUAGAGAUUAUUGAUAAUGAUUUUGAAUAAGAGAAAAAAAUUCAAAAAUUAAUAUAUUUUCUGAUUUUAAACUUUUAAUCAUUACUAAACCUUUUUUUUCAAAUAUCAAAAAAUAAUAGAUAGAUUUUAAACUAUAUUUUACUUUGA